AUGUCAGCGCUUCCACCUCCACUCCGCAUCCAAGUCAACGGCAUCCUCCUGUCGACACUGCUGUUUGAAUGUGCCAAUGCUCGGGUGGACUAUGAAGGACUUAUUCUCGGAACAAUUGUCUCCAAAGCACGCUCUGUAGUCGACGACGCCUCAGACACGCGCAUAAAGACCAUAUAUACCACUAUCGUUGUGCAGGGCGUUUACAAGCUUGAGCCCAACCUUCCAAAGUUUUAUGGACGUUCAGGACAGAUCGAUGAGCAGGUGCUUGAGCAAUACAGCAUUCCAUCCAAUCUUUCGGUCCUUGGCUAUCUGAAAUACAGAAGGACAGAGGCACAUCAGCUCUCGCUUCGGGACAAAGCUGUAGCACUCAAUCUCAAAUUAUAUCUGGAACGGAAGCUAGCGCUGUUUUCUCCGUCAUCCUCAAAUCCGUUCGCGACGCGUAAAAAAGACGGACUCUUCCCAGUGUCAAUGGCGCUUUUUACCGCAAAGACGAAUGAAAACAGAUCAACCCAUGAUUACGACUAUACCUUCUGGUCUGUGGGAGACGAUGAAAGUUCGUUUGAAGCCAUACCAGUCGAUAUUUCCAAUAUGAUCGAGAGUCCCCAGGAGGACUAUCAAUCUUUUCAAUCAAAUCUUGCCGAUGGAGCAUCGAGACAUUCCGCUAGCAUCGGCAUGAUGAACACGAUCAGAGCAGUACCGACGACGACGCUAGUGGAUGAACACGAGGCAAUGUACAAGGAGUCAUUUGAGGCGUCAAAGUCUCUGACAAAAAGUGUAUUAGAGUCAGAGCAAGCAGUUAGGGACAUCUUGAAAGAGAUCGAAAAACUGAAGGAGCAACUGGGGAACGCAAAGGUGGCAACCAGUAUCAGGAGGCGAGAGCGUCUGCAAAGGCAGGAGGAGCAGAUUGAUGAUGACAAGGAUGGCCGGUCGUCCCAACCACAGAAGCUGCAGCAGCAACACAGCCACUCACUCACCCAUCUGCAUACGAACGCAACUGGAGGAUCUGCGUCGUACUCAUCACCCCAACCAAGCAUGCCGUUUUCGUUCAGUUCUGGUCCAUCAUCGCCCCCAGACCUUCUCUACUAG